AUGCUACCUAACGACUACAAACCUCUUUCAGUGAGGCCAAUGUCUGAAGUUCUGAAUCCUGGACAUUUUAUGAAUGAGGCAGCUGAUAUUGCAGGCAAUUGGUAUGAGGAUCUCCAAAACUAUGAAAGAAAUUUGGACGAAAUGGCAUCGGCUACUUUAGAUCAGAACUUUAAAGAAGAAAUGCAACAUGUAGACCAAUGGUAUCGCUACUUAACGGAAGCAGAGAAAACCGCUACUAUGUAUACACUUUUACAACACUCAAGUCAAGUUCAAGUCCGAUUCUUUAUCAACGUUCUUCAACAAAUGGUGAAGAGAGAUCCACUUCAUUCUUUAUUGACACCUAGUAAUCCUGAACAAGACAUGCAAACCCAUUUAGCUGGUGCUAUGGCAAAAGCAGAAUUAGAAGCUAGUCAACGAUUGAUGUCAGUUUUACCCUUUAAAACAGGUCAAGUGAUAAGUAGACCUCCAAGUACAACAAGCAGACGAACUGUAGAGCGUCAUUCAUUCGCAUUAGGUGAUACAGAGGAGUAUAGUCAUCUGUUCGGCCGCAACAAUGCUUCUGAUUUUCUUACUCUGCCUGGGGCUGCUGCCGGAAGCGGUAAUACCAACCGUUCAUCUUUUGUGGGUUCAAUCCUGGAUGAAACACCAACUUUGACUGCUCAAGGCAGUAGCGACAGUCGACGAACCAGUUUAAAUACAACCACGAAUAAUAGUCUAGGAUCAAUGCCAACAACUGCAACAAGUAGAACGUCAGGACGUUCUAUGUUUAACAGUAGACCUCGAUCUGUGAUCGAAGGUGACACCAACUCACUCUUUCCUACGUGGAAUUCAACCGGUGGAUUAGGUAAUAGUGGCAGCAGUAAUAUCAGCAGCAGCGGUAACAACAAUAAUCUCACUUUAAGUAAUGCUGGUCACCGUCGACAACCGUCUGCUGUAGGCCCCAUCGGUAGUAAUAGUAACAGGAUGAUCCCUGAAAGACCAAAAUCGGCUGACAUAAGCAAUUGGUCGUUACCUUCUGCUACUACUUCUACCGAGUCGUUAGUGGAUCGUAACAGCAUUUGGGGACAACCACCUACUUCUGCCUCAUCGAGUCAGAUAGAUAAUGAACUUAUCGAUUUCACCAAUCCUCUCCAGCAACCUUUCCGUAACAGUAGAAGUGGUGUAGUAGGGCCUGGACGUGCUACUAUGAAUAGAAUUCCCGCAGUGCCCGAAUCUGAUGAGUUUCUCACCAAUUCGGGUAGAAUGUCAUUUGAUUUAGGAAUAGAUACAACAACAUCAAUGUCGUCUACACGAUCAACAACCACGUCACCUUUUCGUAAACCAACUGGUUUGGAACGUUAUGCUACUUAUUUAAUGCAAACAUCACCUCCGUCGUCAACGUCUAUCAACACAACUCCUACUACUACUGCUAACAGUUCUGCCUCAGCCCAGAAUAAUGACAUAUCAGUACAAAGUAUUGUUGACAAUACUAAUAAAUUGACACUAUAUGAUAAUGAUUAUCCCAGUGACCAAAGUGACCAGUCGCAUAUGUCUCCUCAUCGUCGACCUUCCUCAGUUUUGAAUUAUCAUGGCAGCAAUAAUUAUAAUCCUUCGGGUCAUUUAAACAGUAACACCAAUAACCAUCAUUUGAAUACUAGGGCUGUUAAAGACAAAAAAGCAGUUGAAAUUGUUGAUAUGGAGCUUUUGAAGGAUAUUCCUGCUUGGCUCAGGAGCUUACGUUUACACAAAUACAACCCAAUUUUCGCUGAUUGCAAAUGGCAAGAAAUGAUCAAAAUGACAGAUGAAGAUUUACUAAAACGUGGUGUGGCUGCUCUAGGCGCAAGACGUAAAAUGCUAAAGGUUUUUGAUAAUAUCAAAGCCCAUUGUCAAGCUAAUAAUAUUGAUUAUUAA